AUGGGUGCAGAACAAUCUUCCUCGCGUGGAGGAGAUGCACAAAAUAAUGGCGGGGUGGUCAUGAAAACAUGUUACUACGAGGUAUUGGCCGUCGAACGGCAGGCUUCGGAUGAUGAAAAGAAGGCACUGGAACUUCAUCCCGAUCGAAAUUAUGGUAAUGUCGAAACUGCCACCACGAAGUUUGCCGAAGUUCAAUCUGCCUACGAAGUCUUGUCAGAUCCACAAGAAAGAUCUUGGUAUGACUCUCAUCGGUUAUCAAUACUAGGAGGUGGUGAUCUUGCGGAAGACGAUUUUGCGGAAAAUGUUCGAAUGACAAGCGCAGCACAUAUCAUGAGCUUGAUUGGAAAGUUUGAUUCAAGUGUUCCCUUCACCGAUGCUCCAAACGGGUUCUUUGGUAUACUUCGAGAGACAUUUGCAUCUCUUGCAAGAGAGGAGAAUGCAGCAAGCGAUUGGGAUGGUCUUGAAAUAGUCGAUUAUCCUGAUUUUGGGAGCGCCGAGGAUAACUAUGAGGAUGUAGUUAAAGCUUUUUACCGAACCUGGGUAAAUUUCACUACACAGAAGUCAUUUUCGUGGAAAGAUCUCUACCGGACCUCCGAUGCGCCGGAUAGGGCAACCCGUCGGUUGAUAGAGAAGGAAAAUAAAAGGUCCCGGGAUGAGGCCAAGGCAGAGUUCAAUGAUGCGGUCAGGCACCUUGUUUUGUUUGUGCGAAGAAGAGACCCUCGUUUUACCCCAAAUUCGCAAACCGAGGCGGAGAGACAAAAAAUAUUGCGGGAUGCUGCGUCGGCUCAAGCAGCUCGUUCACGAGCGGCAAACCAGGCUAAGAUGAACAGUCAUGUGGUUCCAGAUUGGGCGAAAUCGGAAGAUACCGAGGAACUCAUCGAAGAAUCAUCUGAAGAGUCCGAGGUUGAAGUGUUGGAGUGCGUUAUUUGUAAUAAGACAUUCAAGAGUGAGAACCAAUUUGAGGUGCAUACAAAAAGUAAAAAGCACAUCAAGGCCGUACAGGCUAUCCAGAAGCAAAUGCGCAAGGAAAACAAAUCAUUUCAUCUAGAAACACCAUCAGAUCCAGGAAACAGCACUCUUGUUGAUGCUUUCGAAAAGCUUGACGUUACUUCGAACAAUGGGAAGCUUGACGUUACUUCAGACAGUGAAAAUCAUGAAGUCACUUCAGUUAAUAGCAAGCGUGAGUCUACGUCUACUGUCGAUGAUGAUGAAACUGAUGCCAGAGGAAAGGUGGAUCUCUCGAUAUUCGAUCAAGGUUCGACUCUCUGCAAGUCGGAAGAUCCAGCAAAUAACAAUUCUGACACUGAGAGCAUAAAUGGUGAUUACGCACCCAGAAUUGCAGUCGAGGAACGACUAAUGGGAGAAAUAUCGGGGGAUGAAACCCCUAACAAAUCCGAGGGUUCAAACCAUGAUAAAGAACAAAACGCUUCUGGCGAUAUAGUUCCGAAAAAGCCUCUUGGGAAAGCCAAAGCGAAGCGUGCCAAAAAGGCUGCUCAAAAAGAGACUAAUGAGCAGCAGGGACAUAACUACAAAUGUGUGACAUGUCAUGAGUCGUUCUCCUCAAAGAGCAAGCUCUUCAACCAUAUCAAAAAGCUUGACCAUGCCCAACCCGUACAAAAAGCUGGCAACUCCAAAAAGAGGAACUAG